AUGGAAAAUAUAAAAUUUCGUUCUCGACGCUGUGCACGGAAACGACAAUUCCGAUGAAGAACGUGGAUCAAUCCAACCCCAGAAUCUGUUCUCAAAUCAUUGCUAUGUGAUGUGAGGAAAUUUUGGAAGAAUUCCAUUCAAAAAUUGCUAAGUUCAGCCACGUUGAUGUCCCUUCGCACCCCCAAAAGGUCGUUUUACUCUGCAGAGAAAUAAGGCAAGGGUGUAAUCAUCGCAUCACUUCCAUCUUUGUUGGAAUCGGCGCAGAGAGGAAGGAAUCGUUGAUCGAAUGGGCAAUUCCGAAUCAUCUUCCAACGAUCCACGCUUUGUUUCUGCUUCUAGAGCAUUUGCGCACACCGAAUUGGAAGAUUUGAAAUCGCUGCACAAAUCGCUCGCCGCACAGUCGAACAGCAACGGGAAAUACGUAUCGCCUGCUGUUUUCAAGAGAUACAUCGGAAUUAGCGGUCCGUUGGGAGAUAGGGUUUUCGAUUUGGUAACGCAGAAGCGCAAGGAUGAAAGGCUUACCUACGAAGAUCUGGUUAUUGCGAAGGGAACCUACGAGAAAGGAACUAAACAGGAAAUCGAAGAAUUCAUAUACGAAUUGUUAGAUGUGUCGGGCGACGGCAUUGUGAAGAGGUCUGACCUCGAAACUGUGGUAGCUUCCAUGCUUGAUAACCUAUUUCAUCGUCAAAACUCUGAUCCUAAGUCAGGAUCGGAUCGAGAAAUCGUUGAGGUUUUCAUCAAUGCUGCUGCAGAUUCUGGUAAUGAUAGCAGCUUCACUUUUGAUGAUUUCCAGAAAUGGUGCGCCCUUCUUCCAGCAGCCAGGAAAUAUCUUGGUAGCCUGUUGGAGCCCUCUGAUCCAGGUUCUCAAAUGCCUCAGCUGAAACUCCCGGACAACAUCGAUCCGGGCCACAUUUUGUUGCGAAAGGAAUUCGCUUGGCACAUCGGGGGAGCGCUUUCUCCGAGCGAGCUGUCUGAAUGGAAACUUCUAUAUCACAGUGGCAUCCAUGGCCUAAGUUUCAACACUUUCUUGGGCAAUAUUCAAAACGGCGGGUCGACAAUUCUGAUCAUCAAAGACAAAGAAGGUUACAUCUACGGAGGCUACGCCUCUCAGCCAUGGGAACGGCACGCAGAUUUCUAUGGCGACAUGAGGUCCUUCGUCUUCCAACUCUACCCAAAAGCAUCGCUAUUCCGCCCCACCGGAGCAAACCACAAUCUACAGUGGUGUGCUGUAAAUUUCAGUUCGGAUAGCAUUCCCAACGGGAUCGGGUUUGGAGGGCGGGCGCAUCAUUUUGGUGUGUUCCUUUCGGCAAAUUUCGACCGGGGGCAUACAUUCUCGUGCACGACUUUUGGCAGCCCGUGCCUGUCGAGCGAGAACCGGAUAUUGCCCGAGGUGAUUGAAUGUUGGGGCGUGAUGCCGACGGGGGAUGAGGGGGGAAGGGGGGAGGGUGUGAAGGGUACAGUUCUGGAGAGGUUCAAGGAAGAUCGGCAUAUGCUUAAUAUGGUUGGGAUAGCUAAUGCCAGUAAUUGAUCAGUGAGAAUUUGCAGUUGCUGUCCGUCCGAAAGUGCGAACUGGGUAAAUUUCCGGUCGAAUUUAAUACAUUGCAAACUUGGUCCGACGAGGCAAGUAACACUUAGCUAUUAUAUUUUGUGAAAUGUUAAAAGAGUAAAUAUUGUGUUUUGUUUGUUGGCUUGCUCUUUGUUAAUUUUGAACUCUCAUUUAAUUUUUUAAAACUA